GACUGUCGAACAGUGUUUUUACGCCUACUGUUAUUUGUAAUUUUUGUACAUAUUUUUAAUUAAAUCUUUAAGAUAAAAACUCCCUAUCUUAUAAAGUUGAAGGCCUUCGUAGUUCAAACUUUGUCAACAUGAAGAAAAAGGUACUGUUAAUGGGUAAGAGUGGCUCAGGGAAGACAAGUAUGAGGUCCAUAAUAUUCGCCAACUACAUCGCAAGAGACACCAGGCGGCUGGGCGCUACAAUCGACGUGGAGCACUCUCACGUGCGCUUCCUCGGCAACCUGGUGCUCAACCUGUGGGACUGUGGCGGCCAGGAAGCUUUCAUGGAAAAUUAUUUUGCUUCUCAAAGAGACAACAUUUUCCGAAAUGUUGAAGUACUUAUAUAUGUGUUUGAUGUGGAGAGUAGAGAAAUGGAAAAGGACAUGCAUUACUAUCAGUCCUGCUUGGAAGCUAUUCUUCAGAAUUCACCGGAAGCUAGGAUAUUCUGUCUGGUGCACAAAAUGGACUUGAUUCCAGAAGAAUCGAGGGAGGAAAUAUUUAAGGAAAGAGAAGAGGAUCUGAAGCGACUCUCCAAACCCUUAGAGUGCACUUGUUUUCGAACCAGUAUAUGGGAUGAAACAUUAUAUAAGGCAUGGUCAAGCAUAGUAUAUAAACUUAUACCUAAUGUUAAAGCUUUAGAAUCUUCAUUGAAACAAUUUGCCUCAAUUGUGGAUGCUGAUGAAGUGCUGCUGUUCGAGCGCGCGACGUUCCUGGUGGUGUCGCACUGCCAGCGGCGCGCGCACCGCGACGCGCACCGCUUCGAGAAGGUCUCCAACAUCGUGAAGCAGUUCAAGCUCUCCUGCUCCAAGCUCGCCGCGCAGUUCCAGAGCAUGGAGGUCCGCAACAGCGUGUUCGCAGCGUUCAUCGACGGGUUCACGAGCAACACGUACGUGAUGGUGGAGAUGUCGGACCCGCGCAUCCCGUCCGAGGCCACGCUCAUCAACAUCCGCAACGCGCGCAAGCACUUCGAGAAGCUGGAGAAGGUGUCGUCCAGCGCGCCCCCGCACUACCAGUGAACCGCCGCCCCGCCCCGCCCCGCCCGCCGCACAACACGCUCCAUCUAUAUGAGGGCUUUUAGGAACUAUAUUAGGGUACGUUCACUGAGCCUAGGCCCGUAAUUAGCGACACCCACUAACUACUAUACUCGGCGACGUACGCUCCAGUGCGUAUAGCAUGAACGCUCAUUUAUCUUUCUCUUUUCGCUGACCUCAAAGCGCAGGCGGCUAGCCUAAUGUGAACGUGUCCUUCACUCAUCAUACAAAAUGACAGACCAUGAAGGAUUGGUCAUUCCAUAUCAAGUUUAUUUUGAGCACUAGACGGCAUAUCACAGUUUCUGGUGAGUUCAUAAUCAUAAGGAUUUACUGCUACCAAAAACACAAUCAUAAGUACUGGCUACUAGUGCAAUGCUAUUCUCGCGCCGGCCCUGGCCGGCCUCAGUCGGUGGUUCCUUACUGUUGGAACAUCACAUCUUCUAAUAAAGCCGCCCGCCUUCUUUCUCCAUACACGUUGAUAUGUAAGUGUAUUUUCAGACAUGUACAAAUACCGUAACCCUAAUUUAUUUAUCUAUGUAUAUUUUUCUUUGAUUCAGUGGCAUUACUAUUUUACGAGAAUUAAAUUGAAAUGAAUAUCCUCUUAGAUUUAUAAUAACAAUUUGAUACAAUACGGAAUUUUGAUUUUAUAUUAAACUACUAUCUUUUUCCGAAGUUGUUCAACGAAGUGUAUUUUUCUGGUAAGUCCAUACGCUUUAUGUGGUAAUUUUAACAUGCGGGCUAAAAUGAUUUAGGUGACGUAACAUGGGAGAUAUUAAUUUUAAACCCGAAUCAUGACAACUUUUAACAGCUGUUUCUCUUUGACUCUCGUUAUCAAUUUGGUCAUAACUUCAUUAUUGUUAUGGCACAAUGCACUAUACUAAAAAUAUAUGAUACUGACCUGCUUCCUUUUUAAGGUUAACUGGCUUUAUUUAAAUAACAUUCAAUUAGUUAAUGACUUGUACACCUGUAUUAGUGCACUGGGGGCUGAUUUUAGAAUUUCGAUCGCUCGAUUUCUUCACUCGAAAGUCGGUGGAAAACGGCGAAAUGCAAUAUUUUGAAAUACGAGCGAGCAAAAUUUGGAAUAUAGUGGUUAGGGAAUGCAAAUCGGUUAUUUUUUGUAUGGUAAUAACCGCGGUUUCGGUUAAUAACCGAUUAUUUCCAUACAAAAAAUAACCGAUUUGCAUUCCCUAAUAGUGGUAUUAACCACUCGAUUUCAAUUCUACUAGUAGAAUUUAAGUGCCUAGUAUUGGAGAUAUUAUUUAACGAAAUACACGAAAUCGAGUGGUCGAAAUUCAAAAAUCGGUCCCCUGUGCAAUAAGGAUGAUCUGGCAAAAAUUGUUAAUAGAUAUUAUAUAGUAUGUAAAUAUAUAGUACAUUAUUUUUAUACGCACUCAUUGCUAAAUUAGUUCGUUUUUUUUUUUGUAUUAGAAAAAAGGUACUUAAACAAACUUGACGUGUCUUUAAUUGAAAAACACUUGAAAAAUAAGUCACGGCAAAUAUUUAAUGUAACAGUUAUGAAUCAUAUAGGUACGAUUAUUUAAAUUUUUUGCUUUCAUAAGUAAUAGUUACUGAUUUUUAAAAGGCGUUUUUAAUUACAAGACACGUCCAGUGCCCUGUUUAUCAAAAGCUUGUGACUUGUAAUACAAGUGGAAGUCCCUUUCUAACAAAAGCUGUCAAAAAGGGACUUCCACUUGUAUUACAAGUUACAAGCUUUUGAUAAACAGGGCACAGAUCGCGUAGUCUUAUUCUAAUGCUAAAAAAACGAACUAUAAAAGAUUCGUAAGAAUAUACCUUGUUGGGAGCUUCACUAGAGGGCGUCACAGAAAAUUGAAUUGGCCGUGAAACAUAGGUCCUACCGACCUAUGUCGUAGCGUGCCGAGUGAUGAUCCCUUAUGACAGUCCCUUCUAGUCUUGAUUGUGCUUCAUUUAGAAAAUAAUUCAACAAAAUAUGUUUUUACCAUAUUUUUAUUACUUAACCCUUGAAAGUCUAUAAGAGCCACCCCACAUCUGGCGUCUUUCGAGCGUCGGCGUCUACUAUUCUAUGGCCGCUGCUCGACGCA